AUGGCUAACCUUCAUGCACUUGGUAUUAUAAAUGAAGAAACGAAGUACCUGGGAGGCCUAAAACUGGCCAUACACUUUCGGUGGUCAACUGAAGCAAAGAAGUACCUAGAAGACAAAAAACGGUGGCAAGAUUGGUUCAAGUGGUUAGUGAUGGCAGACCAAUACGACAUGGAUUACGAAAGAGUUGCAUGGCUUAAAAUUACUGGAGUCCCGCUACAAUUAUGGGAAGAAAACAAUUUCACGAUUAUUGCUAGUAGAUAUGGUAGAGUUAUCAAUCCAUUCGACUGCAUAGCGAACAGAAGAGACUAUUCCAUGGGAAAAGUCGGCGUACUCACUUCUGUAUGGAGAUGGAUCAACGAUGAAAUCACAAUCACUUCAAAUGGACGGGAAUGCAAGGUUGGUGUUGUUGAAUAUACGGACGACUAG